AUGCAGUCACCCACCGGUGAUCCGAGGAGUCCGAGUACACGCUAUCACUGGGGAGCGAGGAGGACGCAGGCCCAGAGGGAGGUCUGUGGAGAGCUGAGCUUCUGCACCCCACCACUCCUGCCGGCGGCCGUGGGCGUCUGGAGGGGGCUGGGACUGGUGGUGGUCCGUGUGCUCGGCGGUCAGGAAGAAGAACUGGACAAGGAGGAGAGGAAGCGGGAACAAGCUGGAACCUACUGGUUCCUCUGUGUCUGUCACCACAUCCGGCCACAGUGA